UUACUUUAACCAGCCAAUCGCACGCUUAGAAAUUCGUUAUAAAAACUACGUCAUUUCCUUCUGUCGCCCUCUUUUCACCGUGUGGUCAGAUUUCCAUACGGCGUUGUUUCGUGCUCUCCCAACAACUCGUAACGCAGGGAAAGCGGUCACGAUGUCCGGAAGUCUAGAUGUCCUUCAGAUGAAGGAGGAGGAUGUGCUGAAGUUCCUGGCAGCAGGAACCCAUCUGGGAGGCACCAACUUGGACUUCCAGAUGGAGCAGUACGUCUACAAGAGAAAAGUGACGGUGAGUAAAGACUGGGAGAAGCUGCUGCUGGCAGCCCGGGCUAUUGUUGCCAUCGAGAACCCAGCUGAUGUGUGCGUCAUCUCUUCCAGAAACACUGGACAGAGAGCAGUGCUGAAGUUUGCCUCUGCCACUGGUGCCACCACCUUCCACGGUCGCUUCACCCCUGGUACAUUCACCAAUCAGAUCCAGGCAGCUUUCAGGGAGCCCCGCCUCCUGAUUGUGACAGAUCCUCGUGCUGACCAUCAACCACUCACUGAGGCUUCCUACGUCAACAUCCCCACCAUUGCCCUGUGCAACACUGACUCCCCCCUGAGAUACGUGGACAUUGCCAUCCCCUGUAACAACAAGGGUCACCACUCUGUGGGUCUGAUGUGGUGGAUGUUAGCUCGGGAGGUUCUCAGGAUGAGGGGAACCAUUUCCAGGGAGCACCCAUGGGAGGUCAUGCCAGAUUUGUACUUCUACAGGGACCCUGAAGAGAUCGAGAAGGAGGAGCAGGCUGCUGCUGAGAAGGCUGGUGUUGGAAAGGAGGAGUUCCAGGGUGAAUGGAACACCCCUGCAACCUGAGUUGCCCAGCCUGAGGUGGCUGACUGGUCUGAAGGUGUUGCAGUGCCAUCUGUGCCCAUUCAGCAGUUUCCCUCUACUACUACCUUACUGCCUGCUGCUGCUGCUGCCGCUGCGCCUGUCAAGCCUGGUGAAGUCUAUUCUGGUGAGGACGGGAGUACUCAGCCUGCCACAGAGGAAUGGUCCACUGCACCCACUGCUCAGGCUUCUGACUGGGGUGGUGCUGCUUCUGACUGGUCUUAAAAUUGAUGCUCAUGGCAACAAUAAAGUGUUUUUUUCCACUUUGA